GAAACCUCAUACAGCGCGCGGAAGAGUUCGUUUCAGCGAAAAACUCUUGUUCGUUUGAAUUCUUUGAGGUAAGGCAUGGUAUUGUUACUUUAACCGUUGCAUGAUAACUUUUAAGUUUAUUUUUACGCAAGGCACUUUCUGUUUCUUUUCGAAUAUCAUUUUACUUGCCUAAUCAGCCACAAUAUGUAACAGCAUUGAACGCUGAUCGAGCUCUAAAAUCAGGCGGCUUGUGUUGGGUUAUUUUUCGUACAGAAAUUAGACAUAUUCAGCUGCAAGUAAGCUUAACUGUACAUUAUUGUGGAAUAUGCAAAGAAGACAUUGUUUCUGUGAAUGAUACAAUUAAUAUUCUUUUGUUGCAGAACUGCACUUCGGAGGGAAUAAGCUGGCGACUUCGUAGUUUAGCUUGAUCUGCAAAAAAUUAUGUUUACGGUCGUUUACGUUAUUUUGUAAGUCUUAUUAAAGAUUCAAGUACUUGGAACAUGAUGGCGAUGCAGAAUCGACAUAAAAGUGCAGAUAAGGCCCGAUUUAAGCCAAAAUAUUUUUACCAGUUCAGAAUUAUUUUAAUCGGAGACAGUACUGUGGGGAAAUCAUCUCUCUUACGCCAGUUCACAGAGGGACAAUUCAUAGAAAAUUCUGACCCAACUGUCGGGGUAGAUUUCCAUGUCAGAGUUGUAAUGCUAUCAGGUGAGUUUGUAAACAUAGUGGGCACUUUUAUGAUGAUGUAAAAAUAGCUCUUGGCUACUUUUGUACCUUCUGAUAUUGUAACUGCGAUAUUUUCCUUAAAAUAUUUUACGGAUUUCCACAAUUACAGUACUUCCUAGAAUCUUCCCAGUUGCUGAAAACUCUGAAGCCUAUUUUGGAAUUUUUGUGUUGAUACAGGCUUGGUUAAGCUUAAGCCUAUAUUUAUGCGUGUCAUACUGUAUUUAAAGAUUAUGCAAAUACAAUUUACUUGAACUUGGAGUUAAAGAUUCUUUUGUAGUCAGUUUUGGUAACUCCUACUGUUAGAGACGUGAUGAAUCUCAUAAGUGUCCGGGCAGGGUGCUUUUUCACAAUAGAUCUCUCGAGAAUUUCGCAGUAUUGGAGCAAUUACUGCAUAUAGGUGUUUUUACGGGGCUUAAGUAGAGAAUAAUACUGAUACCUUACAAACUUAUCAAUAUUCUGUAAGUAAGCUUUUAUUGUCCAACUGAAUGCGUGAAUUAAUUUGCCAGUGGUCUGAAGCCCCCUGACAGCUCCCUUCUCUCAGAGAUGACCAACUCCACCUUGGCAUGGAAUAUGCUGAAAGUAAUGAUUAUUGCCUCCUGGACUGGAAAUAUGCAGGAUGGACACUCCAGAGCAUUAAAAUUGGUGGAUUAUAGUUAUUGUCAGGGGGCUUUCCUUGAGAAUCUUAUACCAAUCCUAUAAAGGCUUGUGAGACUUUCUGCUCAAUAUUAAAACUAAAAGUGAAAUAUUAUAAUAAUGAUCGUUGUUACUGUAAAUGCAAAAUGAUUUUUGGGGAGAUAAUUAGUAAACAAAAAUAAUGUAGACACUUACAACUGUGCACCUCUGUGUCACUUUUUGUUUGAAUAACUUAAGUUCACCAACAUUUCUUAUUUUCUUUUAUUCUAUUCUGAACUUUUAAUAAAACAUGCUUGUAAAGGACAAGACAUCAACCAAAUGAAGUACUCCAGGGACAAACUUUUCAAACCGUUCAAAACAUUCAGAGCAAGUGUUUUAUCAAGAUUAAUGUACUUGCUCUCAGUGUUUUACUAAACCUUUUUUAGAUUAUUAACCAGCCAGGUAUUUUCAACCAGCAAAGGGUUUUAAUUCUAAGGAACAUUUUAAGCUAUUUAAUUAUUUGUGUGUUUUCAAUAGCAGAUGUGAGAAUAAAACUGCAGAUCUGGGACACUGCAGGACAGGAGAGAUUCCGCUCUAUCACAUACUCUUACUACAGAAAUACGGUUGGAUGUUUAAUAGUUUAUGACAUUACUAGCAGAGAGUCUUUUCUCCAUGUCAAAGACUGGCUUAGGGAGGCAAGGCAGUGUGUCGAAGAACAGGACGUUGUAUUCAUGUUGGUCGGUCACAAGAUUGACAAAGAGUCAAGAAGGGUUGUUUCCACUGAGGAAGGAGAACGCUUUGCUGAGGCAAACAAUAUGAUGUUCAUAGAGACAUCUGCUAAGGUGUUAUGUAAUAUUGAAGAAGCCUUUAUUAGUGUCACUGAAGAAGUUUACAAACGAAUGGAGAGAGGUGACUUAGGGCUGAGGGAUGGCUGGGAUGGAAUUAAAGCCCUGCCGAUGCGACCUACUGAUGUUCUGGGCAUUGGACAUGCUGUGUCAGCUGAAGAUUUACUUGAACAACAGGAAUCUAGAAAGUGUUGUAAUUAAUGUAGCAGUUAAUUAAGAAUAUUACAAUGAACAAUAUUUUUAAUAUUAGCUCUCUUCAUUUUAAUUUGCCAUUUUAUAUAAAGUAUAAAAUACAAGGGUGAUAGGAAGGAAAGUGGACUAUUUCAGAAAAUCAUAUCAAGUUACUGGUAUUCUUGUAUGGUGAAUAAUUUUGAACAAUUAUGGGAUGAGGUUUUUGUGAUAUCCAUAAUGAUCAAGGUUGAGGUAAGUGUUAUCAGCCGAAGCCGAAGGCUGAGGCUGAUAACACUUACUGAGACCUUGAUUAUUUAGGAUAUCACAAAAACCGAAUCUAAUAAUUGUUUUAUUAUACCUUGUUUUGAAGAAAAUAAUGACAAACACACCAUCGCAAGGAACCUGAAUUGAUAUCGUUAGUGGAAAUCAUGCAUUGCAAGCACAACCUACAGAUUAGUCAAUUAUCUGCGAGAAGAUAACUAACUAAUCUGUAAGUUGCACUGAUUUCCAAAAUUCGCUGUAGGCUCUUAGCCUAUGAGAGGACAGUUAAUGAGUACAAUGUAUCAUAAAUUCUAUUAUUGUACAGCAUGGACUAUGCAUUUUCUAUUAGUAUUGACGAUAGUGUUAUCAUCACCUUGGCUUGAAGAAUGGCGAAGUCAGUUUAGAAGACUUUACCUAAAACAACUUUGAGAAACUAACUAUAAUUAGGGUUCUUAUUACAUGUAUAGACAAAAUUUACUGACAAGUGUGUUUUACAAUUCUAUGUUUCCAUGGCGUCAGGUUAACAAUAUAAGAAUUAAGUUAUAAAUGAGUCUCUAAUACAUGGGCAAUUAAGCUGUUAUGACAGUACUUGGCUCACUCAAGUAUAGUCAGGUGUAUUCAGUUUUUUCUUGUCUUGAAGAAUGCCAGCUGGCCCUAUAGUUGUGAGAAACAAAGGUCCUUUAAGAAAUUCAUUAAUGUAGUUUGUACCUAACACUUUUUUGCAAAAUGUUUUGAAAAAUAUUAUUUGUCGGUGGAAGUAUUUAUCUGAAAAGUUCAAGGUGUUGUUAAGUCACUUUUCAGCUGUUUUGUGUGCUUGCAAUACUCUACACUUCCAAGAAAAUUUAGUGGGGAGUGAUGGAGAAUGAAAACUAAAACAGUUUGAACAUUGAGUCUAAGGUACUGUGAAAUAAUAUUAAUAAUAUAUCAUUUUUUUAUUCGUAUUUUACACAGGUUUUGGCGCAAAUUUUGUUUUUCCUUAAUGGCAUUAAUGUUAGAUUAUAGUGUAAAUUUCCAGAAUUUGUUUUAGUAACAGAGUGCUUGAAUGGACAAGUGUAACUGAAGAGUUAAGUCUUUAUGUUAGUUUAAUAUUUUUCAAUGUUUCCAAUUUCCAAGGCACCUCGUAUCUGCUGUAAGGCCUCAGAGGAUCAUAUCGGUUGGGAAAACAGUAAAUGAGCAAGUUAAGAAUGGAGUCUAUCCCUAAAACAAAAGAGCUCUGAGAUAGAGUAGUCCAAUAAGGUUUGAGGUUUCAUAGAGGUGCGAGGUGACUGUGGUUUCUCACUUAAGCCUAAACCAAAAGGCAGACCAGUUAAAAUGGACACUUCUUUAAAGAGUUUAAGGAAGAAAUGUGAGUGCAGUAUUAUAGGCAAAUUAAAAUAGCCACUUCUUUAAAGAGUUUAAGGAAGAAAAAUAUGAUUGCGGUGUUGACAAAAUUUGAGCUCAAUGCGUUGUGCAAGUGUCUAGCUUUGCAUGUACUAAGUCUCAUCGUAGCUGCUGCAGGAAUUGUUCAGUCAUAGUGGAGGUUUUAUGUCUAUCAAACUCUUCACUAGUGUUUUAACCUGAGAUCAGGUUUUUAGGGAAAAGGGAAAUCUCAUGCCUAUAGACUCUUUAGGAAGGCCUAAAUAUUCAGGUUCUAGGUUUCAGUUUAUGAACUUGGUAAAUAAAAUUCUGGCAGGUGAAAUGAAAUAAAAUGUGUUAGCAUAGAAAUGUAAGAUAAUGUGAGGAAGGUAGCCUGAUCACAGGUCACAUUGCUUGGUCCAGCAGAUGAUUAGCCCACAGGCAGGCUCACUGGUGCGAGUUUGAGGAAAAUGUUGGUGGCGAAGCUUCCAUCAUGCAGGAAAAAUCGCUUUCCUUCCACAAUGGCAGCCCUGCUGGAGUGCGACUAAAAUUUUCCCCAAACUCACGUAAUUGAGCCUGCCCACAGGCUAGCAGAUAUAACAUUCUCUGGUGGUAGUUUAUUUGUAAUGCUUAUUAUGUAGCUGUGUGUAGUCAUCCUGGUAGAAAUUAGAACUCAGUUUUCGGUGUUCAUUGUUGUAUUAUCGUUAUUUUUUCUCUUUAAACACUGGGAAGCUUAAACGCUCACCACAGCAUCAGCAAUGAUAAUAAAAAAAACGCACAACAGCC